AUGGCCUCAAGACUCCUUCUGGUGCUCGCCCUCUGUGUGGGCUGCUCACCCUGCAUCGGGAGAGAAGCAGCCCCCACCCAGCCCAGGGUGCGGUGCUGGGCCUCUAGGUACCCAAUCGCCGUGGAUUGCAUCUGGACCCUGCCGGCCUCUCCGCUCCCCACCAGGCCCACUUCCUUCAUUGCCACGUACAGGCUGGGCGUGACUGCCCACGGGGAGAGCCGGCCCUGCCUCCAGCCGACACCAGAGGCCACCAGCUGCACCAUCCCAGACGUCCAGAUGUUUUCCAUGGUGCCAUACAUACUCAACGUCACGGCUGUGCAGCCCCGGGGCACCAGCAGCAGCUUCGUGCCCUUUGUUCCGGAACACAUCAGGCAGGUGGCUUUGGAGCUGGUGUGCGUGCAUGUGCAGGAGAGAUGGGUGUGGGAGCUGGUAAACUUGGGCGGGGUGGCGUCCAGGGUGCUCCUCUGCGGACACGUGCAGCCCGGGGGCGCUGACCCCAGUCCCCAGGGCGUGGCUUUCAGACACCUCCCAAUCACCUUCAGCGAGGGGUGGGCCUUCGCGGUGUUUGCGGGCGUAGCUUAG